UGUAGUCUGGGCAAGAUUUUCAAGUCAACGGCAAGAAAAGGGCGGCAGGGAGGGACGGGGGGAGGAUGGCCCUCUCUUGUUUGAACGAUGCCACUAGUACAGCUAAUAGCAGUAAUUAUUACACUGCUCCCACUAAUACUAUAAUCAACAAUAUCCGGAGUAGAUCAAUUACCCGUAAUAGAUUGGCAGGUGGCCAACCCUCCUUCCCGAUCUUCCGCAGUUCAAAGUCCAACUACUCGCUGGUCAACUCAAGGAACCCCCUAAAUUAUCCCUCCUCCUCAUCUUCCUCCAGCUUUGAGUGCCAAUUCUGCCGCCACCGCAACCACCACCCGGUCAGAAGCUGCUGCUGCUGCGCCUUCUGUUGUGGCACGACCUGGGCGGCAUACAGGAGGAGGGCAAUGGAAGACGAUCUCCAAUCCUCUAGUAGUCCUACGAAAUGCUUGAAGACUUCGAAUCACCUGCGCCACGUGGAGUCCAUGAGCAUCCUGCCCUCCGGCGCAGGCCGCAUAUCCAGAUUGAACGCCGUUAUUCUGGGCGAGUCGCUCGCUUCCGAGGAGGAUGAUUUGGUUUUCCCCAACGAGGCCUUCUCCAAGCAGGCUCACGUUCCCUCACCCCAGAAGUACUUGGAGAUGUAUACAAGGUCAAUUGAAGAUCCAGCCGGAUUUUGGUCAGACAUCGCCUCGGAGUUUUAUUGGAAAGAGAGAUGGGGCCCGCUGGUUUACUCCCAGAAUCUUGACAUUCGUAAAGGAAAUGUCGAGAUCGAGUGGUUCAAAGGUGGUAUGACCAACAUAUGCUACAACUCUUUGGAUAGGAUCAUAGAUUCUGGGGAUGGGGACAAAGUCGCAAUUUUCUGGGAAGGAAAUGAACCUGGUUUUGAUGGCACCUUGACCUACAACCAACUGCUAUCUAGAGUUUGCCAGCUUGCAAAUUACUUGAAGGAUGUUGGUGUCCGCAAGGGAGAUGCUGUGGUGAUUUAUUUGCCUAUGCUUAUGGAACUACCAAUAGCUAUGCUUGCCUGCAGUCGCAUUGGUGCUGUUCACUCGGUGGUAUUUGCAGGGUUCUCUGCUGAAUCUCUUGCCCAGAGAAUCAUGGAUUGUAAACCCAAGGUUGUUAUAACUUGCAAUGCUGUUAGGAGAGGUUCCAAGGUUAUAUAUCUCAAGGACAUAGUUGAUGCUGCCCUUGCAGAAUCUGCCCGAAAUGGCAUUCUUUUGGAUAUAUGCUUGACGUACGAAAAUGAAUCAGCCAUGAAGAGAGAAGCUACGAAGUGGCAAGAGGGAAGAGAUAUAUGGUGGCAGGAUGUUGUUCCUCAAUAUCCCACUACAUGUGCUGUGGAAUGGGUUGACGCGGAGGAUCCGCUUUUCCUACUCUAUACCAGCGGGAGUACUGGAAAGCCGAAGGGGGUCCUGCAUACAACUGGAGGCUACAUGGUAUACACUGCAACAACUUUUAAAUAUGCAUUUGACUACAAGCCAUCUGAUAUAUACUGGUGUACGGCUGACUGUGGUUGGAUUACUGGGCACAGCUACGUUACAUAUGGACCCCUGCUAAAUGGAGCAACUAUUGUGGUUUAUGAAGGGGCUCCAAAUUAUCCAAAUGCUGGUCGGUGUUGGGAUAUUGUUGAUAAAUACAAGGUGUCAAUAUUCUACACUGCCCCCACUUUGGUGCGGUCGCUAAUGCGUGAAGGCGAUCAGUACGUCACCCGUAACUCACGCAAAUCAUUGCGAGUGCUUGGAAGUGUGGGUGAGCCGAUCAAUCCAAGUGCAUGGAGGUGGUUUUUCAAUGUAGUUGGUGCGGCAAGGUGCCCUAUCUCUGACACUUGGUGGCAAACGGAGACUGGUGGUUUUAUGAUUACUCCUUUGCCAGGAGCAUGGCCUCAGAAACCUGGUUCUGCUACAUUUCCUUUUUUUGGAAUUCAGCCUGUCAUAGUAGAUGAGAAAGGUGCUGAAAUUGAAGGUGAAUGUAGUGGGUAUUUGUGUGUGAAAAGCUCGUGGCCUGGUGCAUUUAGAACUCUAUAUGGGGAUCACGAAAGAUAUGAAACUACAUACUUCAGUACAUUUCCUGGUUAUUAUUUUAGCGGUGAUGGCUGCAGCAGGGACAAGGAUGGCUAUUACUGGCUCACUGGAAGAGUUGAUGAUGUUAUUAAUGUCAGCGGCCAUCGUAUUGGAACUGCUGAAGUGGAAUCAGCUCUAGUUUCACACCGGCAUUGUGCUGAAGCUGCUGUAGUUGGUGUUGAGCAUGAGGUGAAAGGACAGGGCAUAUAUGCAUUUGUUACACUAGUUGAAGGCAUCCCAUACAGUGAAGAUCUGCGUAGAAGUCUUAUACUAACAGUGAGAAACCAGAUUGGAGCAUUUGCAGCUCCCGACAAAGUACACUGGGCACCUGGCCUUCCGAAGACAAGAAGUGGAAAGAUAAUGAGAAGAAUCUUAAGGAAAAUUGCUUCUAGGCAGUUGGAUGAGCUCGGGGACACAAGCACGCUUGCAGAUCCAAGUGUUGUUGAUCAGCUAAUCAAACUUGCUGACUGCUGAUUGCAUGUUACCAGGAAAGAAAUCUCACCUUAUAAGGUAGGAUUGGCUCAGUCCCAUGCCAAUUCAAGAGACUACGCCUAUUGCAAUCUUUUUUUUUUUUGUUUCUCGGUCUUGAGCUCUGCUUUGCAAAGCCAAUGUAGAAGCAAGUUUUAUUGCCUGAAAGUGGUAAGGUGUUGGAGGGAACGGGACAUAUUUCGAGAUUUGUAUACUGCAUGGCCAUAUUAAGCACUCAAUGUGAAAGACCAAGGCCAUGGAACUAAUUAUGGAAUUGAAAUAAUAAAAUUGGAAAUUUUCAUAAA